AUGUACAGCUAUUUACGCACAUUGGAGAAACGAGUUGAAUCUCUUGAGAGGGUGGCAUUCCCGUCUGCUUCGGAUGCACCAGUAGCCCCUAGACCUCCUGGCGCUGGUCAAGAUCGACAUGCAUCGGCUCAGGCUCAGGCUUCUCCCACAUCCUCGACAGUCGUUGGGCCUCUUAAUACAAACCCUUCAUCGACCUCGAUGGUGGUCGAUGCCAAUGUAUCAAUCGGAGGCGCCACAUUUACGCAGGCGAUUUUGAACAGCCUCCAUGGUCAUAAUUCUCUAGCGGCGCAAUCAAUCGUGGCUAGUGGCGAGCCCCGCGCAAAGCAAUCCUUGCUGACAUUGGAAGAUCUAUAUACGCUGCCGGACAAUACAUCAGAGACUUUAGAUCGAUAUUUUGCUCUCCGAAACAUACUCACACCUUUGUUUCACGAACCUACCGCGAGACCAAUGUUCGAUGCGGCGCUACGUUGCUCAGCGGAAGAGAAAUAUCAGCAUCGGUCCUCAUUUAUCCUCCUCAAUAUGAUUCUUGCACUUUGUACUUCCCACUGGUUGUCUGAUGUCGACAAGAACGCUCCCACAGCACGGAAACACUACGAUAUUGCGAUGACGCUUCUGCAGCCUAACAUGUUGCGCGAUUGGACCCUAGAACAUGUCCAAGCACUUCUUCUGGGUGCUCGAUAUCUCCAAGGCACCACAUGCGGCGAUGAAUGCUGGAAUAUCCUUGGUUUGGCUAUUCGAAUCGCUCAUGGUUUGCGUCUGCAUCAAGAGCCGCCUCAGUCAGACGCGCCCCCGUUGCGUGAAACAAAACGGAGAGUUUGGUACUCUGCCUACAUGCUUGAUAUGCAUUGGAGUAUGGUAUACGAGCGUCCACCAGCUACCAAAUCGUCUGAAUUCUCCGUCUGCAUGCCUGAAGAUCUCGAUGAUGUCUGUAUCCAGGCAGACAGGGUGCUCUACCCGACACCCAGGCAGCCAUCAUUCUUAUCUUUUUUCAUUCAGAACAUCAAGUUGUAUCGUAUAGUUGAGAAGGCUUUGGCCCGCGUAUCAGAGUGUAAAGCUGAGCGCAGAGUGACGGCGGAGUUGGUGAUGGCCCUUGAUGAAGACUACCAGGCAUGGCUCCGAGAGCGCCCAGCACAUCUCAUUCUCAAUCUCCAGGAUGCCAAAGAGCCCACAUGGAUUCUUGCCUUGCGUGGUAAUAUGGUUUGUAUCUUGAUUCAUCGACAGUCACUGAAGGUGAGUUUACAUGAGAGAGACGGACCUGGACCAAUUGAGGAGUCCACAGUCAAUCAUAUUAUACGUUCGAGUCAGAGGAUCUGCGUGAAUGCCGCCAUGGAUUCCAUUGACAUUGUCGCUCUAAGACACGAGCAAACAAAGGAGACAAUGGGCCUUGACCGGUUCAAUGUCUACUACUUAUUCAAUGCCGCGACAGCUUUGGUCUCAUAUAUAGCAAAUCCGUUCUACACCCGUGACCCACCUAUCCUUGACAAAAUGGACAAGGCACUGCACAUGAUUAAGUCAAUGUCGAGAAAUCACUCUUUCGCACAACGGGCACAUUCCUUUCUUCAGCAACUCAUCGGGUACAUGUAUCAACAAUUGGGCCCCCGGGAAAGAAAAUCGGAGAAUUCGGCUAUCCCUGAAUGUGUAUUCCAUACACAGCCAGUGGAAACACAGCCAACAGAAGCUAUAGGAACCUCAAAUAUGUCCUCUGAUUUUCACGCAUUGUUUGACUUUACGCAAGAACUCACGGACAAUUUAGAGACACAGCUAGGGGAUUUCGACUCUCGGGGCUUGUCCGAGUCCAUGUGGACGUUUACCGAAGACGGUACAUUUGGUGGCUUCCUAUAG